AUGAAAGAACUUAGCAGUGAUUUGACGGCUCGUUUUAGUCGUCAGAUUUUAGCAGUUCAAGACCGAAUCGAGUAUCUGGAGAAGGAGCUGGACGGAUUAAAAAAAGCAGUUACUUACGACUGGAAAAGAACUGAUUCUGGAUCUCUAUACAAUGUGUUCUUUAUAAAUAAAAAUUUUGAUGACGCUCAGAUACCAAAAUCAUUAAGUUUAUAUUUUCCUUCAGAUAUUUUAACUGAUGCACUGAAUGAGACCGAAAUUGAACAAGAAGUAUGGUUUGGGACAAAAACAAAGACUAGCACAAUGUCAUCACCGGACUCAACUUAUUCAAAUUUUGAUGAAAAACAACCACUGAAAGGAUGUACCUCAAUAACAUCUGAUGGCAAAUGGCAUAUCAAAGAUUGCUCUGAACUCAAACCAUUUAUUUGUCAACGAAUUUUUUUACGAUAA